AUGAAUUUUCCAGGAACUGGAGAAGUUAGAAAGAAAAAGCGGCUACAAACAGAUGCAGAGGCUAUACCUACAUCACCACUGCAAGCUGAAGUCACCCUGGAGGCUACACCUACACCAACACUGCAAGCUGAAGUCACCCUGGAGGCUACACCUACACCAAAACUGCAAGCUGAAGUCACCCUGGAGGCUACACCUACACCAACACUGCAAGCUGAAGUCACCCUAGAGGCUACACCUACACCACCACUGCAAGCUGAAGUCACCCUGGAGGCUAUACCUACACCACCACUGCAAGCUGAAGUCACCCUGGAGCUACACCUACACCACCACUUAUUGGAGGUUACACCUACACCACCACUGCAAGCUGAAGUCACCCUGGAGGCUACACCUACACCACCAUUGCAAGCUGAAGUCACCCUGGAGGCUACACCUACACCACACUGCAAGCUGAAUCACCCUGGAGGCUACACUACACCAAAACUGCAAGCUGAAGUCACCCUGGAGGCUACACCUACACCAACACUGCAAGCUGAAGUCACCCUAGAGGCUACACCUACACCACCACUGCAAGCUGAAGUCACCCUGGAGGCUACACCUACACCAACACUGCAAGCUGAAGUCACCCUGGAGGCUACACCUACACCAACACUGCAAGCUGAAGUCACCCUGGAGGCUACACCUACACCACCACUGCAAGCUGAAGUCACCCUGGAGGCUACACCUACACCACCACUGCAAGCUGAAGUCACCCUGGAGGCUACACCUACACCACCAUUGCAAGCUGAAGUCACCCUGGAGGCUACACCUACACCACCACUGCAAGCUGAAGUCACCCUGGAGGCUACACCUACACCAACACUGCAAGCUGAAGUCACCCUGGAGGCUACACCUACACCAAAACUGCAAGCUGAAGUCACCCUGGAGGCUACACCUACACCAACACUGCAAGCUGAAGUCACCCUAGAGGCUACACCUACACCACCACUGCAAGCUGAAGUCACCCUGGAGGCUACACCUACACCAACACUGCAAGCUGAAGUCACCCUGGAGGCUACACCUACACCACCACUGCAAGCUGAAGUCACCCUGGAGGCUACACCUACACCACACUGCAAGCUGAAGUCACCCUGGAGGCUACACCUACACCACCACUGCAAGCUGAAGUCACCCUGGAGGUUACACCUACACCAACACUGCAAGCUGAAGUCACCCUGGAGGCUACACCUACACCACCACUGUUAG